CAACCAAUAACCAGGAGAGAAGCUAAUGGACAUGGCCAACCUUCAUGUUUUCUUCCUCCUAUUCUUGAUCCUGAGUUCUUUCUGCGAGUCCAAGUCCAACGACCGGCUAACACAAGCAACCUCACUCUCCCCUGGCAACAUGCUCAUCUCUGAGGGGCGAGUCUUUGCUCUCGGCUUUUUCUCCCCAACCAACUCCAGCAGGAGUUUAUACCUUGGAAUCUGGUACCACAACAUCCCCGACCCAGAGCGCACCGUCGUGUGGGUCGCCAAUCGUGACAGCCCAAUCUCCAACUCUUCAUUGGUGAAGCUCACAGUCACCAAUACUUCAGAGCUGGUGUUGUUCGACUCCGAUGGCCGCACUGUUUGGAUGACGGCGAACACCACCACCACUGGAGGUCCUGGAGCUGUCGCGGUUCUACUCGACACAGGUAACUUUGUGCUCCGGUUGCUCAACGGCACAGACAUAUGGCAAAGCAUGGAUCAUCCCACCGACACCAUACUUCCAAACACGAGGAUCUUGCUGAGCUACAAGGCACAGGUGUUUGGACGCCUCGUUGCUUGGAAGGGUCCUGAUGAUCCAUCUAGUGGGGACUUCUCCGUAGGCAUGGAUCCCAGCUCGAACCUUCAAAUCUUCAUCUGGAAGGGGAGUCUGCCGUACAAGCGCCCCGAGGUUAUUAACGAAGUGUCAGUAUCCGGCGGCACGUACCAGAGCAACACUACCUCUGUCAUGUCCCAGCUUCUGUACUACAGGGGGGAUGGGUUCUACUUCUCCUACACAGUCUCUGAUGGAUCACCCUACACACGCAUCUUGCUUGACUACAGAGGCAACUUGAGCCUCCUGAGCUGGAACAACACCACCUUGUCGUGGACACUUGCUUCUUAUAGCCCCAGAGGCUGUGACCUCUAUGCCUCGUGUGGCCCGUUCGGUUACUGCGACAUGACUGCUGCCCCAACAUGCCGGUGCCCUGAUGGGUUCGAGCUCUUAGACAGUCUCAACUUCUCCAGAGGAUGCAAGCGAAAGGAAGCUCUAAGAUGUGGAAAGGAGAACUAUUUCACGACCAUGCCUAAUAUGAAGGUCCCUGACAAAUUCUUGCACAUUAGGAAUAGAAGCUUGGACGAGUGUGCAUCCGAGUGCACGAGAAAUUGCUCGUGUGUGGCAUAUGCCUACGCCAACCUAAGCAAUGAUGGCAUUACGGGCGACACAUCGAGGUGUUUGGUUUGGACCGGGGAUCUCAUCGACAUGGAGAAGGCCAGCUUUGCAGAGAACUUGUACAUCAGGCUUGGCGAAUCUCCUGGUAUGCACGUUCCAGUACAUCUCAUCUUAAUUUCUUUUCCAUGAAGUGACAUUUGUGCUCAGUGUGUCAAUA